AGCAGAGGAGCUUUCAGAUGGUCCCGGGCCAAUUCCAACCCCUCUCAGCAAUCCCAAAUCCCGCUCCUCAGCAGAAGCAAAUUCUGGACAGGUUCCAGCAGGUGCCGCAGGGGAUCAUCCUGCAGACGAAGCAGCAGACUCCCACCAGCCAGGCCUCCCCAGCGCUGAACCAGUUCAGCAGCCAGUCCUCCUCCGUCCUGGUCAGCAGCCAGGGGCAGCCGGUGACGGUGACGGCGACGCCGAGCCCCGCGCACAGCCACAGCGGGCCGCCCUCCAGUGCAGGUGGCACCGCCCCACCUCCCUCCGACAGCAAACCCUUCUCCAGUGCCGCUGUGCCCAUCGCUGCCGGGAAGGGGCCCACGGCCACGGGGAAGCCGGGAGCAUCCCUGGCGAUGCCGCAGCCGGUGCAGACCAAACCGGGGGUGAUCAGCUCCGUCUCGGGCCUGAACCUGGGGAAGGGGCCGCUGCAGAUCCAGGUGGUGGGGAAGGGACUCUCGCAGCUCGUGCCCUCGGUGCAGAGCCAGCAGCUGUAUGACAGCAAGCUGGGGAGCCUGAAGAAAACUCCCACACUACAGCCCAGCAAAGAGGCCUGCUUCUUGGAGCAGCUGCACAAACAUCAGGGGGCAGUGCUGCAUCCCGAUUACAAGACCUCCUUCCACUCCUUCGAGGACGCCUUACAGAGGCUGCUGCCCUACCACGUCUACCAGGGGAUGCUGCCCUCCGCCCAGGACUACAGGAAGGGUGAGGGCUGGAGGCUCUGCCUCGCCGUGAUGUCGUAGCGUUGCCAGCAGAGCAGGCACAGCUUUAUUUUAAAAAAGGAAAAAGGGGAGAG